GGAUGGUUUCCUGUGCGUCUUUACGCACCUGCAUGGCACCGUUCUGCAGGAGCAUGCUACACACCUCCUUCAGGCCUGCGUGUACGUGCACAUUGUGUGUGUCUGUGAGCGCGUGCAGCAUGUGAGUGACCGCGCGCUGACUUUGUAACCGUGAGCUUUGCUAAAUCCUCUUUUUUUAACUACCAACUCCUUUACGCUGUGAUGCUCUGUACCCCCUCCGUCGCUGUUUGGGUGGUGAGCCCGGGAUGAUGCUGUUGCUUCUGCGGCGUGUCUGGCUCCUGGACUAUUCCGCCCUUUACGUCUCAUGAAUCGCUAAACAAAUGCGUUUUGUGGAUUACAUUUGGAUUGACUGUGCGUAAAAGGGAAGAAUGCCACGCCGUGGUUGAUAACGCUACGACAAAUCAAUGUUAUUUUUUACAGACUUCCAAAAUGGGGAAUAGUUUCUCCAAUCUGGCCGCGUUCCAGUCUUUGCACAUAGUCAUGCUCGGUCUGGAUUCUGCGGGCAAAACCACCGUGCUGUAUCGGCUCAAAUUCAACGAGUUCGUCAACACGGUGCCCACCAUCGGAUUCAACACCGAGCGCAUCCGCCUGGGGGGCGCGGGGGCCUCCAGGGGGAUCAGUUGCCACUUCUGGGACGUUGGGGGCCAAGAGAAGCUGCGGCCGUUGUGGAAGCCGUACAGCCGGUGCACUGAUGGGAUCGUGUACGUGGUGGACUCGGUGGACGCGGAGAGGUUGGAGGAGGCGCGCACGGAGCUGCACAAGAUCACGCGUUUCUCGGAGAACCAGGGCACGCCACUGCUGGUCAUAGCCAACAAGCAGGACCUGCCCAAGGCACUAGACGUGGGAGAGAUUGAGAGGCAGUUGGCACUGGGGGAGUUGAACCCGGGCACGCCGUACCACGUCCAGCCCGCGUGCGCCAUCAUCGGGGAGGGCCUGCACGAGGGAAUGGAUAAACUUUACGAGAUGAUCGUAAAGAGGCGGAAGUCUCUUAAGCAGAAAAAGAAAAAGCAGUGAUGAAGGUGCACGCGCGGAGACAUGUCACUAAAGCGAGGCUACAAUGAGGCGAGAGGGACAAUGGAGAAGAGGAGUGAGGAUGCCAUACAGGCUGUGGGAGGCUGGAGCGAGGGUGUUCACGUGAUUGAAUUUAAUUUGAUGUCAAAAUCUGAGAGAUUAACACAUUUUGGACUUCUUGGUUAUAGUUUAUCUUAACUAACUUUAUACAUCUUGUGGCUUCAAGCUGUCGACUGAAACCUAUCAAACAUUUGUUUACUAUCUAGGCUUCUUUUGCCUCUAUAGUGAUAAAAUAGUCCUAGAUCCAUUAACCAGGUCAAUUUGUAUUUUGACAAUUUAACCUUUCCUCCACCCCAGUUAUACACCAUGUGGGCUUUAUAGAAUAGUUUGGCAACAUUUGAAUGUAACACUUUAUCACCAAUUAUAUGGUUUUACAGUGGUGACAAAAGUAUAGACCUUUUUUGUGUUUUUAUCCUCGAUAAAAAAACAACAACAUUUAUCUCAGUUAAAAACGAUUAAUAAAUAAGCCAGGCUACUCACAUUAAUUCUACAGACUGCAGAGAGUCACAUCAUUUAAUUCACAAAACAUAGAUCCAAACAGUAGCCUAAGUAGCCUUAUACUGUGAAUAUGGACUCAGAUUUCAUCAUUUCAAGUAAAUAUGAACCAAAUGGUUUAGAAAGGAUGGAGUCUGUGCAGCACUUUUGUUUUCACAAUAAAAAAAAUGCCACAGUGCAAACUGCAAAUGCAAAUAGUGCCUCUUAAAACAUUUAAGAAUUAUAAUGGACCCAUACAAAAAUAAUGAAAUUUGUCCUCCUGUGGUGCCCUGCAGAACAAGUUCUCAUUUGUAGCAGUUAUUUUGUCACAGAUCAGUGACAUAAACUCUAAAGGCUCAUGGUCAUAGUCAAAGGUGCACUAUGGAACUCUUCUGGUUACGGGGUCUGCCAUAUGCUUGUCUCCAUUUAGACCUUUUUAUUUCUAUAUGGAAUGACCCAAGGCAUGGCACUAAAAUAUUCUAUCUCGCGUUUACUCACUGAUCACAACGUUUUUAUUGCUUUAAUGUCUUGAAAACCAGGCAAUCUUAUGCUCCUCUCCACAGAUCUGACCUGUAUUUGGCUGUGGAGAUGCAUACAGGUUUUAUGCCACACUGGAUAACUGUAAUGCAAAGCCAUAUCCUCUCCAUAGAGACAAGCAGUUAGCAGACCUUCCACUGGAAAGUUAUGUAGUGCACAACAGUAUGGGCCAAGCUCCAACCAAGACGCAUUCUUGUGCCAAAUCAGACAGUGCUGUGCCGAUGCAGCCCACUGCUUGAGAACAAAUAUGUAGGAUAAUCCCUAUAUAAUAAGUAUGUAUUUGACUGUUUAAUUACCUGAUUUGCUUAAUGUAGCCUAAAUAACAAGUGCGUAUGUGAAGAUGAGCUGUUGAUAUGACUGUUUCGGAGAACUGGUGGAGACUGUUGUUCAGAAUGUAUUUCAUGUAAUCUUUAAACUCUAAUGUAAAUGUAUGCGGCUGUGAAAUGCAUGGCAGCCCUCAUCUCUGUAACAGGAGAGUAGCAGAUACAAGGCCAAACUGUCCAUAUGCCAAAAUAUCAAUAAGAAUAAACUAUUUUUGACA